AUGAUACCGAAAUGCUGUGCCUCCACUCUCGCUCUCGGGCUAUUGUUGGGUUCGGUUCGUCUGCCCGCUCGCUGCCACCGCCAGCAAGGGACUGGACAUGCUGGCGCCCCCGGUGGGGAGGCCGAGCACCAUCACAAUCGAGCGUCCGUCGCGAUGUCUCCUCCCACCACGAAUGUCCAUUUCCGCGUGGCGGUGAUCAAGAAGAGCAUGGACAUGAGAACAGAGGCAUUGGGGGCAGAGGCGGGUUCAUCCGUCAUCAGGUACUUCACUUCCGCUACCUCUCAAGAGUCUUCCGCUGCUCCCCGCCUUGACAAUACUCCAUCUGCACCCUUCCCCGCCCGAUCUCAUGGAGAUGAGGUUCCGAGGUCAACGAAUGAUUCGCCCGCCCUGCCGGCGUCUGACUCAAGCAUCAAUCAAUUGUUCAACCAUGCAAGGGAUGACGAGAGCGAAGAGGAAGACGGGGCUGGGGACGAUUCGACUGUGCAAUGCGGUCCUGGCUCUAGUUGGAAUCCUCCGAUACACCUGCUCCUCAGCGCAAGAAGAUCGGCGGGAGGGAAUCAGCGGCCGCCACAGCGGGAGCUGCCACAUCCGAAACUGCAGUGGCAAAGAGAACCCUCUCGAUCUGCCGCACGAGAUGACCAGGCAGUACGCAUAUGUCCCUCCCGACCUCGUGAUGAUUCGAAGGCAAUGUUGA